UAUCACGCGCUUUCGUGGACAUGGGGUCAAGGCAAAAGAGACCGCCAGAUCAUGCUCGACGGGUUGCCGUUUUACAUAACCCAAAGUCUUCACGACGCCUUACAUUAUCUCCGGUCCGACGCCUCGUUUCGUAGUCCGUCGUCGUUGUUCCUCCUGUGGAUUGACUUGAUCUGUAUCAACCAACUUGAUAGGGAUGAGAAGAGCAUCCAGGUGGUCCGCAUGCGGGAGACGUACAAAGAUGCCUGUAAGGUCAUCGUCUGGCUGGGC